AUGUGGUUAAAGUUUUGCCCAUUAGAAGUUCUGGUCUUGGUGAUUGUGUCAUUAUGUCACUUGGUCCGAGCAGCAGAUGAGUACGACUACAUCGUGAUCGGUUCCGGACCAGGCGGUGGUCCUCUCGCAGCCAACCUCGCAAGAGCAAAUUACACUGUGCUCCUCCUCGAAGGCGGCGACCAAAGCAACGGAAAUACAGGCGGGCAAUAUCCGCCUCAAAUCACAUGGGAUUUCUUCGUCAAGCACUAUGACGAUGAAGCCCUGACCCUGAAACACAACUUGCUCACCUGGCGACUUACCAAUGGAAAUUAUUGGGUCGGUAAUAAGAAUGUGCCUACGGGAGCGAAAUUGCUGGGUGUUUACUAUCCUCGAGGUGGGACUGUGGGAGGGAGUUCGAUGAUAAAUGCGAUGGUCACCUUCCUUCCCAGUGAGAGUGAUUGGAAUUACAUCGCGAAUUUGACCGGUGACAAGACAUGGAGCCAUGCAAACAUGAUCGAUGUCUUCACCCGCAUCGAAAAGAACAACUACCUUCCCAAAGGUACACCCGGCCACGGAUUCAAUGGCUACUUCCAAACCAACCUCGCCAAACCCACAUCUCUACAAAACCCCGGACUCGCCGUAAUGCAAGCUGUCGCCUCCUCUCUCUCCCUCGACCCCUCAAAGGUCCUCCAAAUGGUCACCAAUGACUCCAACUUCCUCGACCCCACCCGCGACAAACAAGUCGGCAUCUGGGGUCUCCCCUCACACACUAAGACCAACGGACAGAGAUUCAGCUCAAGAGAUUAUAUACUCGAUACGAUUAAUGCAGGGUUCCCGCUCAAAUUAAGCAUGAACUCGCUUGCUACGAAAAUCCUGUUCGAAAAUUCAACAGCUUGUGGUUCUAAGCCUAGAGCGACAGGUGUGGCGUAUUUACAGGGGAAGAGCAUCUACGCUGCCGAUCCUCGAUUCUCAGCUUCAAACAAAGGCACACCUAUGACCGCCACAGCCAGAAAAGAAGUCAUCAUCAGCGGCGGGACAUUCAACUCUCCCCAAAUCCUCAUGCUCAGCGGCAUUGGGCCCGCCGACCAGCUCAAGAAAUUCAACAUCCCCGUCCUAGUUGACUCUCCAGGUGUAGGAAAUAACAUGCAAGACAACCAAGAGGUCCCCGUCGUAGGCAUCACCAAACAAUCCGGGUCCGGGUCACCAGGUGGCUGUGUCCUGCUCAAGACAAAACAUGCUGUGUACGAUGAGCGAGAUAUGUUUACCUUCCAAGGACCAUUUGUAUUCCGUGGGUUCUGGCCAAGCAAUCAGAGUAAUUCCGCUCUGCCAAACGACAGGGCAGGCUCGUACGGGAUCUCGACUGUGAAGAUGCAUCCGCAGAAUCGGCUUGGCACCGUCAAAUUACUGAGUGCUAAUCCUCAGGAUAUGCCAGAGAUCAAUUUUAACUUGUUCAAGGAGGGACGGGAGACUGAUAUGGGAGCUAUGAAAGAUACGAUUUCUUGGGCGAGGAAAGUUCAUGCUAGCGUCAAGGCGCCUGUUGGGCCUUUGACGUCGAUUGAGCCGCCGUGUAAGGGGACUCCUAAUGCGGAUGGUAGUUGUGGGAUUGAUGACGAAGACUGGAUUAUUGGGCAGACUUUUGGACAUCAUCCUACUAGCACUUGUGCGAUUGGUGGUGAUAAUGACAAGAAUGCAGUUUUGGAUUCGAGGUUCAGGGUACGAGGAGUGGGUGGACUGCGCGUUGUGGAUGCAAGUGUGUUCCCUAGGAUCCCUGGAGCUUUUCCAGUUGUUGCUACGUAUAUUGUGAGUGGAAAGGCGACGGAUGUGUUGUUGGAAGACGCGAAGAAGGCGGAUCAGUGUUGA